CCCCAUUCUGAUUUAGCCACUUUUGUUAAGUAUGCUGAUGACCUCUCUGUUUCUAUGCCUGUCAACCAACUCUCAGUCAGAUUGUUCAAAAUUAAAUAACUUUCUGUCGGAAAUUAGUCAGUGGUCCUCUUCAAACGCACUUAAGCUGAAUCUGUCUAAAUGUCAGGUAGUCAAUUUCACUUUCAGACGUAAAUGUGACCUACAACGACUAGUUAGCUCACAUGGCCCCACUAUCAUUGACGGCACAGAAGUUGGAAAUACAUCUAAUGUCAAGUACCUUGGGCUGAGUUUUUCCACCGAUCUCUCCUGGUCCUCCCACAUCUUGCUAGUUACUAGAAAGAUGUUUCGCUUAACAUUCUAUCUACAUUAGGAAAUUUAGGCAGUCUGGCAUAAAGCAAUCUUUGCUUUCUCAAUUUGUAAAUUCUUGUAUUCUACCCAUCCCCGUUUACUGCUCCCCAUUAGUCUUUCCUGGACUACU